UAUUCUGUGGAGUGUGUUUGUGAAUUUCGGAAUUUUAUUUUUUGAUUAGAAAUUUAAGUUUCCUGUGAAUUUCAAACACUACAAAAUAAUUCGGUAAAACCAUUUGAGACGAAGCGAGACAUUUAAAGUGCAUCUAUGUGGCAUUGACCGAGAUAAGCUGUAAAUAAACCCAUCUUACUGCAUGACUAAAAUUCUAACAUAACAUCUACUGUAUGAAGAAAUUGUAUUUUGAAAAUUGCUAACUAUGAUAACAUUGACUGAUAACAAUGUCUAUUUAUUCUAGUGUCCAGGUAAACAUGAAUAGUGUCAUAUUAUGUCAAGGGCUGCGGUCGCCGAUGCGUCGACUCGCCGCCCUUCGUAAAGCCAAAUCUAUCUCCACGUCGAUAGUGCACAAUGAAACUAUUUUAGUGAAGAAUAAUGAUGAAUUUGUGAAUAAGGUAAUGAAUAACGACAAGCCUGUCAUAGUGAACUUUCACGCUGACUGGUGCGAGCCGUGCAAGAUAUUGACUCCGAAACUCAAGGAGUUGAUAGAACCACUUAACAAUUUAGACCUGGCUGUCGUGGAUGUAGAGGAUAAUGCCGAACUUGUACACGCUUUUGAGGUAAAGGCUGUUCCGGCGGUUAUAGCAAUCAAAAAUGGUUUAGUUGUAGAUAAAUUCAUAGGCCUAGUCGACGCAGACAUGAUUAAUAACCUAAUUGACCGGAUGUCCGGCAAGAAGACAGAUGGCGCGUAAACAAAUUAUUAUUAAUUUAGACAAUUGUUUUAUUCGUACAAGGUUAUAUUUCUUGCCAUAGGCACACUCGUUUUAUUAGGUAAAUAUAAUUAUAACAAUUGAUGACCAAUUUGAGAAAAAAUUUAUGAGACAGAGAUCAUAGAAAAAUGAAAUAAAUAGAAAUAUAUUAUUUUUAACCAAAAUAGUACAAAAAAAUAACAAUCAAAAUAAAAAUAAAAAUAGGUUUUAAAAAUCUGAAAUACAGCUUUUUUAGCAUCUUGAACCAGGCACCGACUAUACGAAUCCAUCGUAGCGUCCCUUCAAAUUGAUUUAUUGUACAUAACUACUAGCUGAACCCUUCUGUUUCACUCGCGUUAACCUUGUAGCAGUAGAAUGUUACGUAUACUAAUAUUAUAAGGCUGAAGAACCUCCCAAGUACCUGUAGAAUUUGAAAAUUAUUUUCCACAUAUCUCGUUGAAAUAUUUAAAGUUAUAGUAGUCGUGCCCCUCGGUUACUCCGGCUUUAACAAUGGGCCAUAGCGUUAUGUUACGAAAAGCAGGAGAAAGCUCAAAUUUGUGGGUAGAAACAGUUUCGAGAAGGAGAUCGGUAGGAGAAUACAGGGAGAAUACAGCUGGGCUGGGGAGAGUUCGGCAAACUCCGCCGAGUCUAUCCGUCGCCCAUACCUCAAUGCCUGAAGACAAAAGUUUUCGAUCAGUGCGUCCUGCCUUUAAGUAUGCUUGGUAUUUCUUUGAGGGAUAAUAUCUGUAACGAAAGUGAUUCGCCAAAGAACAAAGGGACAUAGCCCUUUAGACACCAUAGGGACACGUGGCAGUGGGCUGGUCACGUUUGUCGGAGGACCGACUGGCGAUGGAGUCAAAAGGUCCUUGUGAGACCUUGUGGCGGUAAACGGAAUGUCAGGCGCCCCACAACUAGGUGCAGCGAUGUCCUCCGAAAAGUAACAGGCAUCGAGAAAAGUCGAAAAUAAGAAAAGUUAGCGCGGCUUAAAAGAGGUCUUUGUUCAGCAGUGGAUGCACAUUAGCUGAUGAUGCUGAUUAUAACGCGCAAUCCAAAAUGCGACCUUCUCUUACUCAUAUAUUUAGGGCAAUGAGGAAGAAUUUCCGGGCUGAACCAUCUUUGUUCGUGGUUCAUUGUGUACAGUUAUUAAGGCAUCAGGAAUCCUUAAUGAUUACCUUUGAUAGCAGAUGCCACUAGAAGAAGAUAAAUUUGUGUCAAAAGUACGUUCGAACUUAAAAAUAUAGUCUUCAGUUUUGAUAAUAUUAAGUAUGGACGAUUUUAAUUCUUGUAACGCUUCUUUUUAAAGGACUGAUAAAAUCAUUUGUAUUAAAAAAUUAUCACUUUUACUCGGGUUAAUUAGUAGUGUGUUAAAUAUCUGUGAACCACUUUAAUUAAAUUUUCCUUUCCUGGCUGUUCAUUUUCAUAUGGCCGACUGGCGCAGUGGGCAGCGACCCUGCUUUCUGAGUCCAAGGCCAUGGGUUCGACUCCCACAACUGUUUAAUGUU